GCUACGUCGAUCUGCCCAGCUCAAUAUGCGCCUCGUUGUUUACCUCCGCCCGAGGCAGAAAAUCAGAAUUGGAAACUGUGGAAGCUAAGAUCUGCUCUGUAUCUACUAUAGUUAUAAUCAACUUAUGGUGUCGAUGAAAGAGUUCACGCGGGCUUCACGAUUCACGAAUCACUUCGCCUAGUUAUUCCCUCCCCUACGCGAUGUUUUUGCGAAACAUGUGUAUAAGACAGCUUUGCGCCAUAGGCCCAAUCAUAUUCGGGAGCCUAUGUGCUGCGUCUCGGGGUCAAAUUCCUGCAGUUGUCGGGCAAUGUCCCCUGGAUAUUCCAGUUGCAUUACAAUCCCAGUACCAGCUCGAAUGUCCGCAACCGGUUGACGGCGAUACAGCUCGCCAACCCAUUGAUUGGUCGCCCUGGACACACCUACCGCAAUGCAUAUAUGCAGAGGGGCCGACUGCGACCAAGUAUUGUGUUUUUACCAAUUCCCGGCAUGGGAAUGGAGGUAUUAGCAUGAUUACUACACCCGAAACUGCCGCAGACAGUAUCGAGAUAUUGAAUGACUCAGGCUAUACUCAUACAAAGUCCUUUGCUGACAGCGACACCGACGCGGCGUUCGAGGUCAUCGACAUCCCCGGGAAAGGGAAGGGGGUAAUUGCGAGACGCCGCAUCAACCGCGCCGAAGCAAUUAUGGCAGACUGGGCUUCGAUGAUCGUGGACCUGAACUUCCCAACUUCUGUGAAGCGAAUACGGGGGUAUCGGCUCCUCCAUUUAGCAGCUGACCAGCUGUCGGACCCGGACCUUGUCCUCCAGUUGGCUCGUAGCAGUUCCUUCUCGGCCGACAUCGUAGAGGAUGUACUCCGAACCAACGCCUUCUCCUACACCCUGGCCGGUGAUUCACACAUGGCGCUCUACCCCAAGGUCUCUAGGAUCAACCAUGCGUGCCACCCAAACGCAUUCAUAAGAUUUACGCCAUCGAGCUUGGCCGUCAGCAUUGUUGCCCUGAGAGAUAUCGAGCCGGGAGAGGAGAUAAAUAUCACAUAUGUACCUCUAGGAAAGACGCGCGAAGAAAGACAGACAGGAUUACAAAAAUGGGGGUUUAACUGCACAUGCUCGCUCUGUACAGCAUCUAAAGCCGAAAUUGCCGCGUCCGAUUAUCGUAGAUCGAAGAUUAGAGAUAUCCGUCAAGAAGUCAUGAAAGCGGUCGAAGCUUGGGACGGAACCAAGGCUGUCAAGCUUACACACGAAGUACUUGAACUGAUGCGCGCAGAAGACCUCGCACCGCUUUAUGCCAGCCAGUACGAGAUAAUGGCGAGGCUAUAUUGGAAAGCAAGGGAUAAAAAGACAGGAACCGAGUAUGCAAAAAAAUCGAUAGAUACGUUAGUGGACCAGGGAUACCUGGACGAUAACCCAGCUGCGCUAACAGCGUUGUUGAAGGCCUUCGAUGGGUGAGUACUAGGUCGGUCUUGAGAACAUUAAAAUAGGGGGCGGGGUUGGGAGAUGGAUGUCUACAUAUCUAAUUGAAGAGGUUCG